AUGGGCCAUUACUCAGAUGUUUCUCUCUGUGGCUUUACUGAUCAAACAUCUACAGAUCUUCUGGUUUCUGUCUGUAAUGAAGACCAGAAGACAUCAGUGAAUCUGCUGGACUGUGGGAUAGAAGUGAAACAAGAAGACACAGAAGCAGAUGAAGGUGAUUUGAUUUAUUCAGAUCUGAAAGCAGUAAAGGAGGAAAUUUCACAACUCAAUGAAAUGGAGGAGAAACCUCAUCAUUUGAUACCCAAAGAAGAAUCUCUGAGCUGCUCUAUUACUGUGAGGAACAACAAGAAAAAGGCAAAAGUCAAAGGUGCUCUUAGUUGCCCUCAGUGUGGAAAGACCGUCAAGACGAAAGGUCAUCUUAAGCAGCACAUGCUAAUUCACACUAGAGAAAAACCUUACAGAUGUGAUCAGUGUGGAAAAAAAUUCAUUCGUAAGUUCCAUCUCAGUGGGCACAUGAAAAUUCACACUGGAGAAAAGUCUUACAAAUGUGAUCUUUGUGAAAAGAGCUUCACUCGUCAGUUCCAUCUCAACAGGCACAUGAGUAUUCACACUGGAGAAAAGCCUUACAGAUGUGAUCAGUGUGGAAAUAGCUUCAUUCGUAAGUGUAAUUUCAACAGGCACAUGAAAAUUCACAGUGGAGAAAAACCUUACAGCUGUGAUAAGUGUGGACAUGGCUUCAUUCGUAUGUACCAUCUCAAAAGGCACAUGAGAACUCACACUGGAAAUAAACCUUACACAUGUGAUCAGUGUGGCAAGAGCUUUAUAAGUAAGUCUAAUCUCACCAGGCAUGCGAGAAUUCACACUGGAGAAAAGCUUUAAAACACCCUUACUAUCUCUCUCUGAUUUUCAAAAACCACCAAACGCCCACCUCCAUCAAAUAUGAGAUAAUGAUAUUAACCUGAUAAGGAACACUGUGCCGUACACGGCACACCCCUCCCUUGCACGUGAGCUGCAUAAACGUCAUUGUAACUUUGAAGCAUUAAAUCUUCAAAAUAUACGGUCGUGAUGACCCGCUGGCUAGGGGACGGAACGAGGCAAGAUAUUCUCUCUUGGUCAAGGUUGCGAAAAAGUAUCAAUCUGCACUACCAGUACACCACCAGAACACGUCUUCAGCACGGCUGGAAAGAAACCCGAAAAAGGUUUCUCAAGUGAACAGUGUGUUUUGAUUCAUGGAUACAAGUGCUACAAUAAACACACACACAUAGGCUCGUUCCCGUGGGUUCUCCUGGGCUUGGCUCUCGCACUCACCGAAAUGCCCAAGUACAUAGUCUCAAUUGCUUCACAUUUGCUUUACAUUUAGGCAUUUAGCAGAUGCUUUUAUCCAAAGCGACUUACAAAGAUAAGGAAACAAUCAAGUGAUUUGUCAUAAGGAGGCAAUAAUACAAGAGGUGCUUAUACCAAGUUACAAGUUUAUACAAUUCCUAAACAAUACCUGUUAAGAUAGAAAGAGAGUUAGAAGAGAUGAAGACCGGCGUUACAUGAGCCCUUUUGGGCUCUUAGAAAAUGAGUCGGGCCUCUGCGUUCUGAACCAGUUGGAGUGGUUUGAUGCUCUUUGCAGGAAGGCCAACAAGGAGAGCAUUGCAGUAGUCCAACCUAGAGAUUACCAGCGCCUUGAUUAGGAGUUGUGCAGCAUGUUCGGUGAGAAAGGCCCGUAUUUUCCUGAUAUUAUAUAAUGCAAAUCAAAAUGAUCACGCUGUCUUUGCAAUGUACUCAGUGAAGGACAGUUGGUCAUCAAAGAUUACACCAAGGUUUCUGGCAGUAAUGUUUGUAUUGUCCAGUUGAAUGGAUGGAGCAUGAUUUAUCUUGGGUUUUGCCAGAAAUACAAGCAGCUCCGUCUUCGCAAGGUUCAGCUGGAGGUGGGCUGUGGACAACGUGCCCAUCCAUGAGACCCUAAAGGAUCUAUCGGAAAAAUAGAUCUAAACCAUUGAACAGGAGUACCAGUAAUCCCUAGCGUUGAUAGGGUGGCUAAAACCAUGUCGGAAAUGUGACCGCGCCAUUUUCAUCUUCUUCAAAGCGUUUGGGCGCUCCAGAGCAUCUGCUGUGGCCAAGUAACCUAAGCAUUGCUUGACGUUGUGACCAUCACCCGCUGGCAGAAAAGAUAUCGGUGCUUAUGAACUCGAACAUUUGUUAAGAAACGUAUAUCUGAUCCCCACACACAUUCUAUAACCACACCGUUUAUUGGUGCACUAUCAUCGCUGACUUUCUCUACUGCACCCUGUAAGCGAUCCCUAUCAUAUUCAAAGUAACAUCCAAAGAAUAUUUAUAUGCUAAAACUAGCGUGGCAUCCUCUUAAGUGCUUAUGUAGUAUUUUGCUGUAGACUUAAAUUCCAAUUAUGGUCCAUUUUUUAUGCGUCCUCAAGGAGCCACAUACAGCGAGCAUGACUAGUCUAGUAUGUAGCCCAGGAGAUGCAUUGCGUCUGUGUAUCCUUACAAGUAAAAUAAACUAUACUUCGCAAUGUGAGCCAACGAUGAUUUGGAUAUAUUUUAUUAUUAUAUGAAGUCAUGUAAAGGUUUUUUGUUUAAAAUUUUGUAUAUGAAGUUAACGGUGUUAUGUGUACUCAGGAGAUUUGAUUCAUUUGAAUGUAUUGCUGUCACUAUGGCAUUAUCCACUGUUUUGUUUAAAAAAUAAUUGUACAAUAAAGCUGAAAUCCAACCUGAAUGUUGACAUUGACAAA